AAUAGAGUAACCCGCCGCUGCGCUGCUGCCGCGGGCGAAGGAAAGAAAACGAGCAGUCGCUGUGCACCAAAAAGAGACAGUGAGCAGCCGGUAGAGCUAGCAAAGCGAAGCAGCACAGGCAGCAGGAUGCGUGCGCGGGCGGCAUUGGCAUCGGCGGCCGUGCUGCUGCUCCUGGCGGGCGGGUGCGCCGGCGCCAUGUACAAGGUGGGCGACCUCGACGCCUGGGGCGUGCCGCCGCCCUCCAAGCCCGACGUCUACAAGAGCUGGGCCAAGUCCGUCCACUUCGCGCUCGGCGACUCCAUCUGGUUCCUGUACCCGCCCAGCCAGGACUCGGUGCUGCAGGUGACGCCGGAGGCCUUCGCCGCCUGCGACCUGGCCAACCCCGUGCUCAAGCUCGCCGACGGCAACUCCGUCUUCAACCUCACCACGCCCGGCCGCGCCUACUACACCAGCGGUGCCCCGGGACACUGCCGCAAGGGCCAGAAGCUCUGGGUCGACGUGCCCAUGGCCAACGGCACCUACCUGCAGCCCUCCGCCAGCGACCUCGCCGCCCUCGCGCCCACGCCGGCCGCCGAGGCGCCCGAGGGCUUCCUGCAGGCCUCCGCCCCGGCCGGCGCCCACCCCUCCGCCGCCGAGCUCCGGGCCGUCGCCGGCGCCGGAUCCGUCGUCGCUGCGGUCGCUCUCGCUCUCCUCCUGUGAUAGCUAAUUAGUUAUUAGCAUCCUCUCUCGUCCUUCUUUUCUUUGUGAUUGAUUGAGAUCUCCAUUGGGAGUGAGUUGAGUUCUUCUUGCAUUGGGUUGGUGGGGGGCGUGCAUUUGGAUGAUCAGAGCUUGGAUCUCCAUUUUUUUUAUUGGUUUCUAUAUAGACUAGAUCUCUCUCUCUCCAUAACAUUGUACAAUGCAAUGGUAACAUGGAUCAUUUUUGCAUCGA